AUGACAUUAUAUCAUUUUGGUAAUUGUGUAGCACUAGUUUAUGUGCCAUACUACUUAACAUAUAAAUAUUCUGGGCUAUCAGAAUACGGAGCAUUUUGGAAAUGCAUUCAAGCAGGUGGCAUUUAUAUAUUUACUCAACUUGUAAAAAUGUUAGCGCUUGCAACAUUUUUCCCUACUGCUGACAACAUUAGUCAGGAUGGCUUUGACAUUUUUGGGGAAUUUUGGAAAUACUCAAUAGACUUAGCAGACCUAGUAGGAUUAUUGGUAGUCCUAAAAGGAAUCCCCGGAAAAGGACACGCCAAAGUAUUGACAGCAGGAAUCGGCUGGGCUGGAGCGGAAGUUCUUUUGACAAGAUUCCUACUCCUGUGGGUAGGAGCCCGAGGAGCUGAAUUCGACUGGAAAUAUAUCCAGAAAUGCUUGGAAUCGAAUAUAUCUCUAGUGCAACAUAUAACGACCGCAACACUAGUCUGGCUGUGGUCGCGACAUGAUUUGAAGAAAAGCUUGGUCCCGCUGGUGAUCAGCAUGCUGCUGUUAACCGUAUACAGGCCAUUAUUAUUAGAUUUAUUAGCUUCUUUACUGCUCGCUGGACCUUGGUCAUCGCUGCUCAUCAAAGCGGUGACGACUCUCUUCAUGGGUGGAAUCACCCUUCAUAUUUACGCUGGUCUAGCAAAAUCCAUCGGAAUUUUUUAA